UGUGUGUGUGUGCGAGGCGCCACGUCGGCAGAACCGUCAGUGUGAAAAGCGAGCUGCGUAGCGAUCUGCCUGUAACCGCCGCGAGUCAGGGGGAAGUUUGGAAAGUUGCUGCGGACGAAUGCGACACUAAAGCGCGAGAAGAAGAAGAAGAAGAAGAAGAAGAAGAAGAGGAGAUCGGGCCCGCGAACAGUCCGAGCAGCAGCAGCAGCGUUUCGCCGACGACCGCCGUGAUUUGAAAGUAGCGCAGAGUUAGUGUCGGGUCGUCGGAGUCGGAGACAGAAGCUGCUCGAGGCUCCACUUCCUCCGCCAGGUGCGCGAUCGCAGGAGCAACCGGGAACAAUGGUGAAGAAUGUGAACAGUGUUAACGUAGAGCCCCAACCCGGGACCAGCGUGGCUUCAGACGAGGCUGAACCCGCCUUCAUCCCGCCUGCAGAGGACACCGGCAAGGACCAUGUGGUGGCUCAGCCCGGCAUGAUGUGGCGUGUGACCGGUGGCCUCUUCAACGUCACCAAAGGCGUCGUUGGUGCCGCGGUGGGGGGAGUGGCCUGGGUGGGCGGCAAGAGCCUGGAGAUCACCAAGACGGCCGUGACCACGGUGCCGGCCAUGGGCGUGGGGUUGGUGAAGGGCGGCGUGUCUGCCGUGGCCGGCGGCGUCUCCUCGGUGGGUUCGACGGUAGCCAAUAAAGUCCCGUUCACAUCCAAGAGGAAAGACAAGGCCGAGUGAAGAUUAGGAUGGAGGAGGAGGAGGAGGAGGAGGAGGAGGAGGAGGAGGAGGAGGAGGAGGAGGAUGAUGAUUCAUGAUGGACUUGCCCCGCCCUGAGCCAACACACAGAGAGAGAGAGAGAGAGGCUGCCCGCAGAUCUCUGUCUGCCAAUCAGACUCCACAGUGCCUUCAGAUGCCUUUCUCGGCUUUGAACAGAAAAGUCUCGUCACCAUACCGAGAUGUAGACUUUGAUGCAAAAACACUACAAUCUGCGCCUAAAAGUUCAGUAGUACUACGUUACCAUGGUAACCUGUUAUUACCAGCCGAGUCCCCGAAAAAUGCUUCCACAAUCCCUUCCCUGACCUGGAGCGAGCUUUGUAUAGCUGGAACUGAAUAUCUGUCUCCAGGAAGGUUACACGAACUGGGAUCCACUUUCAGCGUGUGCUGAACUUCUUGAUGCUGUCGAAUAUUUUUAUCCGUUUACAAUCCAGACUGACGCUCUUUUCAUUUCCUCACUCUUAUUUUCCAGUCUAUACACAUUCGGUGAAAUGUUUUCUGAAUUAAGAUUUCUUAUUUUUAGUUGGUUUGCAAUCAUGUUGAAGUAAUAUGGAAAUCUGUGCGACAGAAAUGCUGUGUGUGUUUGUGUAGUGAAAAGUAAAAUAUUUCAACAUUGGAAACGAGGGAUCAGAAUUAUUGUUCAGUCUCUACAUCCUCCGCUGUGUCUGACCUUUAAUCUUUUAGAAGAGCCCAGGGCGGUGUUGUACCCAGCAGCCUCCACUCCACAUGUAGGAAGACUUAUUUAAAAUGAUGUUGACACAAUCACAUGUACACCGACAUUGGGCUCGCGUCUGUUUCUACAGCUAUAAUAUUACUGGAAUGUUUUGUUUUCCGUUUGUCUCAAUUGUAAAAACGCUGCACCGGACCUUGACAUUUUUUUUUUUGAGCAGCAUUUGAUUUGUUGAUGGUUGUGUGUGAAAGUAAAAAGGGCCAAAUGUUGUCUGAAGACAGUAAAGGUCGAACUGUACCUUUAAAUCGGAAGGGGAACACUACCGUGGUGCAGGCAACACUUUGAACAUUAAUAAACGUCAAUAUCAGCAUUUCAGUGCAACAUAUGGAGUGAGUGGGAGCGGUUGCUGGUUGGACUCAACUAUGUGAAUGUCUUGUAUGUGUUUUUGUUUUUUCAAUAUAUCAAUAAAGUAGUUUGGAAGGUAAAAUAUA